GAAAAAUAAUUAUGAGAUCCACGAAGAAGCAUGCCACAGUACAUAGUGAGAAUCAAUCUAAAUUGUCAGUUGGAUAGAUAAUAGCUCAGAAAUUCAAACUGAUCGAUAAGGUUGGACAAGGGAGUUUUGGGAUGAUAUAUAAGACAGAGAAUUUGGAGACGGGAGAUAUCUUCGCUACAAAAUUUGAGAAGAGAGAAGAGAAUUCGAAUGGGAUGAGUCUGUUGGUGAGAGAAAUAAAAGUUUUGAUUGAAGUUUAAGAAUUUGAAGGUAAUAUACUAAUCGAUAAAGGUUUUCCAUAGAUCGUAUUUUAUGGGAGAGAUGAACAUUACAAUUACUUUAUGCAAACGUAUUUGGGUUAGAAUUUGGAACAUCUUCUGAAGCGGAGUAACUAUAAGUUUAGUUUGACAACGGUGUGUAGGAUAGGAAUGAAUUUGAUUGAUAGAUUAAAAUUAUUGCAUUCUAAGAACUUGAUUCACAGAGAUUUGAAGCCAGACAAUAUGUGUAUAGGUUAUGAGGAUGUAGACCAAAUCUAUUUAAUUGAUUUUGGAUUGGCAAAGUAUUAUCGAGAUUAGAAUGGCAAUCAUAUACCUUAGACUGAGAAAAAGGGAAUAAUAGGAACAGCAAGAUAUGCCAGUUUGACUGCUCAUUUAGGUAUGAUUGUUAUGAAUAUGAAAUCAAUAAGCAAAGGAAUAAUCACGUAGAGAUGAUAUCGAGAGUUUGGGAUACGUAUUGGUCUAUUUGGCAAAAGGGAAAUUACCAUGGAUGAAUUUGAAUACUACCACAAAGUCUGAGAAGUAUCAGAAGAUUAAGGAGUUCAAACAACAAUUGACUUUGGAAAAGCUGUGCGAAGGAUUGCCAAAAGUUUAUCCUAAUUAUCAUCUUUAAGUGUUUCUUGAAUUUAUUCAUCUAUGCACGUGGACUCGACUUUUAGGGUGAACCAGAUUAUGCAUUCCUGAAGGAACUGUUCUAGAAGUAAUUACAAUAAGAAUUGUCAUCCUUGCAAGCCUUGGCUACACUAGAAUACGAAUGGGAGCGAUUUCCAGAGAUCAAGAAACGAAAGGCUAGAUUACAGACUAAUCAAUUGAAAUUAAAAAUGGGUAUUAAUCAUAAUAUUUAGAAAAACUUGUUUAACAAGGUGUAGAUUCGGAUGUUCGUAAGAGUAGUGAAGAUAAAGGUUAAGAUCACAAGGGAAGUUCAUUUUUGAAUUUACCAAUGAAAGAUUAAUAACUUGAUUCUUUAUCUCCUGAUAUCAAAAACAAACAGAGUAGAGUAUCAAUAUAUUUAUAUAUCUUAAUCAGAAUAUCAGUUAAAAUAUAUCGAGUUUUGGAACCAGUCAGAUUAAUAAUUAUUAAAUAAGUUAGAUCGAUAAGUUUAAGAGAUUCCCCACUGAGAGAAAGGACUAAAGAAACAAUACAGUGGAUACUUAGAAGAAAGAGAGAGAAACUAGUCCAAACUAGAAGGUAUUUAUAAAAUAAACUACAACUAAAACCGAGAGGAAAAUGGCAUUUUUCGAAAUUGAUAAUGAUUAUAGAGAUUACGAUCACAUUGAUUAGAUUGCCAGUGAAGAGGUUAAUAUUGUGUUUUCCAACAUUAUACCUAAUCUUGGACGUCAUAAAUCUACAUUAGAUCUCUGA